GCCGCCGGCCCUCGGCCCCGCAGAGUUCCGGGCUCUCUCGCCGGCUGCACCGCCCCGCCCCGCCCCGCGCCGCGCCGCGCCGCUCCGCGCCGACCUGCAGCGCCCGGCUGGCUCGCACUCCGCCUCCCGCGGCUCAGCCCUGGCCGCGGCGGGACCAGAGCCCGGAGCCACUUGUGAGUGUCACAUUGCCGGAGCAGAACUACUGAGAAGCUUUUUCCUCCAGGAGACUCCAGGAGCACCUCUCCCACUCCGCUGGUCUCCGGUGAAUGGGGGACGAGAGAGUGGAGCUCUGAACCAGAGUGCCCUGCCCGAGGGACCGUGGCGCGACAUGACGGGGCACCAGCCCUAAGGUAGCUGAGUCAGCUUACCCAGGAGCUCUCCGGAGCAGCGUUGCCAGAGAGAGCCAGCUCUAGAGCCAUUUCAACAGAUCACCUCGUUUAAUGCUCUUUGGCAGAGAUCAAAUCUACACGUUGUACAAUGGUAGAUGGAGUGAUGAUUCUUCCUGUGCUAAUGAUGAUUGCUUUCCCUUCCCCUAGUAUGGAAGAUGAGAAGCCCAAGGUAAACCCCAAACUUUACAUGUGUGUGUGUGAAGGCCUCUCCUGUGGGAACGAAGACCACUGUGAAGGCCAGCAGUGCUUUUCCUCACUGAGCAUAAAUGAUGGCUUCCAUGUCUACCAGAAAGGCUGUUUCCAGGUCUACGAGCAAGGGAAGAUGACCUGUAAGACCCCGCCAUCACCUGGCCAAGCUGUGGAGUGUUGCCAAGGCGACUGGUGUAACAGGAACAUCACGGCCCAGCUGCCCACCAAAGGGAAAUCCUUUCCUGGAACACAGAAUUUCCACUUGGAGGUCGGCCUCAUUAUUCUGUCUGUAGUGUUUGCAGUAUGCCUUCUAGCUUGCCUACUGGGAGUCGCUCUCCGAAAAUUUAAAAGGCGCAAUCAAGAACGCCUCAAUCCCAGAGAUGUGGAGUACGGCACCAUCGAAGGGCUCAUCACCACCAAUGUUGGAGACAGCACUUUAGCAGAUUUAUUGGAUCAUUCAUGUACAUCAGGAAGCGGCUCUGGCCUCCCUUUUCUGGUACAAAGAACGGUGGCUCGUCAGAUCACACUGUUGGAGUGUGUCGGGAAGGGCCGGUAUGGUGAGGUGUGGAGGGGCAGUUGGCAGGGGGAGAACGUCGCUGUGAAGAUCUUCUCCUCCCGGGAUGAGAAGUCAUGGUUCAGGGAAACAGAAUUGUACAACACUGUGAUGCUGAGGCAUGAAAAUAUUUUAGGUUUUAUUGCUUCAGACAUGACAUCAAGACACUCCAGUACCCAGUUAUGGUUAAUUACACAUUAUCACGAAAUGGGAUCGUUGUAUGACUAUCUUCAGCUUACUACUCUGGAUACAGUUAGCUGCCUGCGAAUAGUGCUGUCUAUAGCUAGUGGUCUCGCACAUUUGCACAUAGAGAUAUUUGGGACCCAAGGGAAACCAGCCAUAGCUCAUCGAGAUUUAAAGAGCAAAAACAUCCUGGUUAAGAAGAAUGGACAGUGUUGCAUAGCAGAUUUGGGCCUGGCAGUCAUGCAUUCCCAGAGUACCAAUCAGCUCGAUGUGGGGAACAACCCCCGUGUGGGCACCAAACGCUACAUGGCCCCUGAAGUUCUAGAUGAAACCAUUCAGGUGGAUUGUUUUGAUUCUUACAAGAGAGUUGAUAUUUGGGCCUUUGGACUUGUCUUGUGGGAGGUGGCCAGACGUAUGGUGAGCAAUGGUAUUGUGGAGGAUUACAAGCCACCAUUUUAUGAUGUGGUUCCCAAUGACCCAAGUUUUGAAGAUAUGAGAAAGGUGGUCUGUGUGGAUCAACAGAGGCCAAACAUACCCAAUAGAUGGUUCUCAGACCCGACAUUAACCUCUCUGGCCAAGCUGAUGAAGGAAUGCUGGUAUCAGAACCCAUCCGCGAGACUCACAGCUCUGCGGAUCAAAAAGACUUUGACCAAAAUUGAUAAUUCCCUAGACAAAUUGAAAACGGACUGUUGACAUUUUCACGGUGUCAAAAAGGAAGAUUUGUCGUUGUCAUUGUCCAGCUGGGACCUAAUGCUGGCCUGACCGGCCGUCAGAACAGAAUCCAUCUGUCUCCCUCCGCAAGUGGCUGCUUUGACGAGGCAGACAUUCUACCCAGCCGCGUGCGGGGGAGACACCAAAACCACCCUAACCUCGCUCAAUAUCCGUGAACUGGGCAUUUCACAAACUGUUCACACUACAGAGACUAAUGUGGGACAGACGCUGUUGCAAAGGUAGGGGAACUGGAGGAACACAGAGAAAUCCUAAAAGAGAUCUGGGCAUUAAGACAGUGGCUUUGCAGAUCCUUCACAAGUCUCCUAGACUCUCCCCAUGGGAAACUCACGGAGGUGGUGAAUUUUUAUCAGCAAUAUUGCCUGUGCUUCUCUUCUUUAUUGCACUAGGAAUUCUUUGCAUUCCUUACUUGCACUGUUACUCUUAAUUUUAAAGACCCAACUUGCCAAAACGUUGGCUGCGUACUCCACUGGUCUGUCUUUGGAUAAUAGGAAUUCAAUUUGGCAAAACAAAAUGUAAUGUCAGACUUUGCUGCAUUUUACACAUGUGCGGAUGUUUACAAUGAUGCUGAACAUUAGGAAUUGUUUAUACACAACUUUGCAAAUUAUUUAUUACUUGUGCACUCAGCAGUUUUUACAAAACUGCUCCGUGCAUAUGUUAAAGCUUAUUUUUAUGUGGUCUUAUGAUUUUAUUACUGAAAUGUUUUUAACACUAUACUCUGAAAUGGACAUUUUCUUUUAUUAUCAGUUAAAUUCACAUUUUAAGUGCUUCACAUUUGUAUGUGUGUAGACUGUAACUUUUUUCAGUUCGUAUGCAGAAAUGUAUUUAGCCAUUACCCAUGUGACACCACCGAAUAUAUUACUGAUUUAGAAGCAAAGAUUUCAGUAGAAUUUUAGUCCUGAACGCUGUGGGGAAAAUGCAUUUUCUUCGGAAUUAUCCAUUAUGUGCAUUUAAACUCUGCCAGAAAAAAAUAACUAUUUUGUUUUAAUCUACUUUUUGUAUUUAGUAGUUAUUUGUAUAAAUUAAAUAAAAGGUUUUCAAGUCAAAAAGUGAAUUUUUUUUUUACCAUAUAAAAAAUAUCUGCAUUCUAGAAAGCAUUUUAUUAUGGGAACAAUAGAAGCAAAAAAAUGAAUUUGUAAACUGAAUUUGCUUUUCAAGUCUAGUAACAAUUUUGAGGGUCCUAGGAGGAUGAUUUCCAGCUUGAA